AUGGGAGCAGCAGCUAAGAAACAAAGAACCAGUAAAAAUGGUGAUGCUAAAGUAACUAAGAAAAUAGAGAAGAAAAAUGAAGUAAUCACAUCGGAUGAAAAAAAUGAAAGUGUUGAAUCAUCGGAUGAAGACAACGAAAAUUUAGAAGAUAUUGAAGGAGAUGACGAAGUGGAUAUUGAAGUAGACGACGAAGUUGAUGUCGACGGAAUUUCGUCAGAUGAAGAAGCAGAAGGGGAUGAAGAAGAGGAUGAAGAUUCGUCGGAAUAUGAUGGGGAGGAUGACGAGAUUCCUAAGAUCAAGAAGAAGAAGAACUUGGACGAUGGAUCCGAAUCAUUCGCAAAUGCAUUCAAUGCUAUUGUUGGAUCACGUUUGAAGGCAUAUAAUAGAAAGGAUCCUAUAUUAACCAAGAAUAAGACCACUUUGAAGAAAUUGGAAUCCGACAAAUUAGAAGCCAAGGCCAAAAGGUUGAUUUUGUCAGAAAAGAAACAAGUGCAUGAUAAAAAUCGUGUUAAAAACUUGUUGCCAUCUGCUAGUGAGCCAGAAAAAGUCAGAACAAUCAUUCACAAUGAAAGACAAUUGAAAAAGGUUGCCCAAAAGGGUGUAGUGAGGUUAUUUAACGCAGUUUUAUCUACUCAAAUCAAAACUAAUGAGGAACUUGGUCAAGAGAAAGUUGGUCAAACAAAGAAGGAAGAGUUGAUGAAUGAAAUAUCGAAAGAAAAAUUCUUGGAUCUUGUGCAAGCAGCAGGCCAAUCUUAA